AUGUCUGGAGGUAGUUUGAAUCGAUUUCCACUUCGUCGAACUGUUCAAAUUCUUCAAACUCCAGUCCAAACUGCGACAAUUUUCGAAAACGUCGAAUUAGAGGCAAAUACAAGUGAAUCAAGAUUGGAAAAAGAAUCGAAAACUUGUGCGGUGAAACCAUUGAAUAAUAAUAAUACUGAACUUAUGAAAAAUGAUGGAGAAACAUCGGAAUUAGAUACUGAAGGAGAAUAUGAGGAUUUUUCGAGGGUUGAAGAUUUUUUUGAUUUUGGAGAUUUGAAAGAUCGAUUUUUGGAAGUUUUACAUAAACAAGAUACAAAAGAGAAGACAAAAUUGUGAGUAUUUUAUCUUGUUUUUUGAAGCUGACUAUUGAGAAUUCUUGAAUUUUUUUGAUAAAAAUUCAAAAUUUGUAGUCAGACGAUUUUUGACCCAUGGAAGCCUUCAGAACUUGCGUGUCUAGUAGAAAACUGCGCUGUCUAGGUACCACCCCUUGAGAACCACUAUGAGUAGGUAUGGCGUCUUGAAAUCUUCUAUGUCAAGUAGACAAGUCUAGAAAAGAUGGUUGUGAAGUAGGCGUGUCUAGAGAGCUUCAUUACCAUGUGGACUUCAAAAUUUAAAUUCAGAUUUUUUUGUAAAAUUUCAAAUACUCCCUGUACUAUAAAAAUAGUUCUGUUAAUUCCACUAAAAAUUUCAAAAAUUAAAAAAGUUUAAAAGUUUUUUUCUCAAAAAUUGACGUGAAGUGUACUCAAACGUGUAUCCUUAAUAUUUUUGAUCAUUUCUAGAAAUAUUUUAUUCUUGUUCUAGCCUGCCUCUGAAAAACAGGUAUGUAGUUUCACGGGCUUCUAUUCACCUUCUUGAAAAUCCCCUAAAGGUUUUUUUCGUUUCCCUGAAUCACUAGGUCAUCUGAUCUUUGUUCUAAAAAUAUAUUGCAAUUUUUAAAAGUCUUCUAAAUUGCUGCCAAUUAUUUCGAUCGAACCUAAUUUUUCCAAAUUUUCGUUUAUUCGUAUUUUUAUUUCACACGUGCUCAAUCUUACGGUAGGUAGAUGUUUUUCAAAAAUAUUAUUCCGUGACAAUUUUUUUGCCCAAAAUCAGAAAAAGUUUAAAUUGUUUUUCUCCAAAAAUUUUUUACUUUUGCUAGAAAAAAAACAAAAACAAUUUUCAGAUUUUCUCCCGAGAGUUUACUCAUUUUUCGCUCCUUAAUACUCCGCCUCUAAAAUAAUUCAACCGGUUUUUUGUCUUCAAAAAAGAUUAGGCUUAAAAUUCUUGACCUUGGCGGCGCAAAAUUCGAUGAUAGACGUCAUAUUCCCAGAACAGAAACACCACAGACAUUUGUUCGGUUUUUGUUGUGGUUAUUUUUAAAGAGUACUGUACUGUAGUAUGUAGUCUGAUAUUUAAGCCUAAUAUUUUCAGCCAAAAAUGUUGAGCCUAAAAUUUUUAGCCUGAAAUUAUAGGCACGAAUAUUUUAAGCCUAAAUUUUUUAUCCUGAAAUUGUUUUUCUUUGAACCUGUGUUUUGAAUCUGAAAUUGUCAGAUAAUUUUUUGUAACUAAAAUUCCGAAAAAUUACAAAUCGAAACCAUUUUUUGAAAAUUUUCCCAUUCGGAAUUUUCUGAAAAAAUAGGACGGGGUAUUUUUGGAGCAUUGCUCAUGUUAGGUUUGAGCUCAAAGUGCUCUAAUCUUCUUAGCUCCGAUUCAAACAUUUUCCGUUUUAUUUUCAUUUUUUCAAGAGUUUUGAUGAAAAUGUUGAAAUCCAAGAUCACUCACAUCUUUUCAAGAAAAAAACAUGUGCAAAUAAAAGUAUCUUCGAAUUCCUCCUUUUUUUUCAACAAACACUAAAAAGAGUACAAAAAUGUGAGUCAAUUCAAAUAAAAAUAAAUAUAAUAUGAGAGAUAAAACAGGGAAGUUUUAUGAACUCUUCACAUUUUGUCUGAUUACGUCAUCAAUAAUUAUAGCAUGCUGAAAAAUCUCAAGAAUUUUUGUGAAUAUGUGUUUUGUUGUCAAUUUUUUUUCGCCGCCAAAAAUAACAUUUCGCUAUUUUUGUAUAUAAAAUAUUAGCAUUUUUGGCAAAAAUAUGGAAUUUAUAAUUUUUCAACACCGAAAAAAUGGCCGGUUUUCCCACUCUCCACUAUUUGUUUUUGUGAUUUGUUUCUAAAGUUAGACUAGGAGGCGUAGGCGUCUCCGAAAUAUCAAAAUCGCAAAUCGCCAGCACUCGAUUUUUUUCAGAAGAUCCUAUUUAUUUUCUUCGCCUCUAACUAAAUAUAAUCCGCUUCUGAACAAAAUUAAUCAGUUGGGAUUAAUUUGUUGUAUGAAGUGAAAUAGUUUUGUUAUUUUUAUAUUCUUUAUUUUAUUUUAUUUUCGAAAACAUAGAUUUUUUGUUCAUCCUAUUUAAUAAUGAUGUGUGUUUCUUUAAGCUUUACCCUAUAGAUUUUGAAGCUGAAUUCUUCUUAUUUUGUUUUUGUACAGUUUUUUUCAUAAAUUUCUGCGCGACUCUCUGAAGAGCACAAAAUGAGCCAAGAAUCGAGAAUUUUCGAAAAGUUUUUGGGAGUCCAUAACUCAUGUUAGAAGAACUUUUAUCAAAAACUGAAAAUAGUUUAUUCCACAUUCUAAAAAACAUUGUGGCUCACAUCAGAAAAUAGGUUCAGGUUCAGGUUCAGUUUUCGAUUAAAGCUUUUCUAACAUGAGUUAUAGACUCUCAAAAUGAAUUUGGAUUUUUGGAAUUUUUUGGAAUUCAAAAAAUCUGGUCUCCGGGGAAUGACUUUAGAGAAAUUGAAUUUCCAGAAAAAUUAUUCCUUCACAAUUUUAUUUCUAAUUUUGUGAGCUGAAAUUCUCUGUGAAUUUUUUGUGUACCAAAUACGUCCGCCCCCUCUGAUUCUCUAUUUCAAAUCCAAUCCAAUCCAAUUCAGCUCAACUCAAUUCAAUCUAAAACUAAAUAAAAUUGUUUGCAACAAAAAAGAGAGAGAGAAAGCUAAAAGGCAUCAUUAAAUGCGCAAUUUGAGAGCCAUGCCUUUUCCUUGUUUUAAUUUUGAGAAUCGAUUUUUCUAUUUAUUCCCCUUUUCUUUUUCAGUAUGAAUACUUAAUUGUCUUUCUUUUUUCUCUUUUUCCUAGGAUAUAUUAAACUUUUUUCUAGCACCUUCUUUUGUAAUAAAAACUUCCGGUUCUCGAUCUUCUUUAAAAAAAAAGUUUAUCACUAUUAUUGUUUUCUUGUUUUCUCGCUUUCCACUCUUGAAAUACAUAUUGUUUUUUGCUGAAGACACUGGACGUUUUCACUUAUUCACCGACAACAAAAACAGCAGCGCUGCCGUCGACCAACAAUGGCACCACAAAACCUAGAAAGAGUCGAAAUAUUCAUAAUUUGUUCAUUAAGUUGGUGUCUUGAUUUUUUCGCCCCGGUCGGAGUUGGCGAAAAAUUUUUGGGUCCCAAAAUAUCCCGAGAAAUGUAUUUUUCUAAUAGAAAAUUCCAAAAAAUAUGAUUUUGUAUCCUAGCAAAUUUAAAAGCCAGAAUUUCUAAAUUGCUCCAAAUAUCACUGGAAAUCUAGGGACCCCCCCCCUCCCAACCCCAAAUCUCAAUCAACAAUUGUAUUCACUUUCCAGAACCGACGAUGCAUUUUUCGAAUUAGACGACGAUGAUGAAUGCUCCCUCCCAUCAUCUCCACCUUCUCCCUCAUCAAUCGACAUACCUCCCUCAAUAUCAGUGCCCCUCCCUCCAAAAUCUGCACCACCCUUCGCCACACAAAUCACACCAAUCGUUGGCGAUGAUGGUGCAACUGCUUCGUAUUCGCUGAGCGGAACACCGACACCAACAUUAUUACAUUCAGCAAUGUUGCAUGCGAAUCAUAUUUCGCCAGCGCAUUCUACAAAUGGUGUUAGUUUCAAGGUAAUACUAUCUUGAGUAUGAAAAAUAUUCUGAAAAUAAAUUUUUCCUUCAGAUAAGCGAGGCUCGUCUUCAACAAUCACUUUCUACACCUUGUAAUGGAUCGGAAGAUGGAACUGUUCAGCGGAAAGAUUCGGAAUAUCGGAGGUUUAAGGUAGGUUCUAGCGGAUAGGGCUAGCUCGAAUCUUGAGCUGCUGAAAUCAGAAAAUGCCAAGUCCAGUUUUUUUUUGAGAGAAAAACUAGAAUUUUCAAAAAUUUCCCGAAUCCUUUCUGAAAAUAAAAAUUGUAUGCUAGAUUUUUAAUCACAAACUCUAUCGACUAUCAGAAGCCAAGCCUAGAAAACCUAGUUAUCAAGCAGCGGCGCCUAGAGAACCUUAUUGUCUAGGACCCGCGUCUAGAGAUUCACACUGACAAGGAGACGCGCCUUGAUAUCCUCUAUAUCAAGUAGCCGAUCCUAGAAGACCUAAUUGUCUAGGACCCGCGUCUAGAGAUUCACACUGACAAGUAGCCAAGCCUAGAAAGCCUAGCCUAGGUGCUUCGAAAUUCUUUUUUAAAAAAAUAGAAAAAAAAUCCGUGACCUUUUUUGUGACCUAGUUCAUUUCAUGUAUUUUUCCGCCCAAUUUUUUUUCGAAUUCGUCAUUACCCGAAAAACCAAAUCCGAUAAUCAUUUUUCAAACAUUUUGUCACAAAAAAAAUUACAACUAAAAUUAUUUCCAAAAUCUAUUGGUCGAUUUUUCACAAGUUUGAUGAGAAACAUCUUCAGGUUAAGGGUUUCAGAAUUUUUUCAAAAAAAAAACAUAAAUUUUCAUUUUCAGUCCGAAGGUUCGACGGCUGGCGCGAAUUUGGGAACAUCGACAGAAGCUGGGAUAAAUGUUGGAACACCGCAUUUGGACGAAUUAUCACCGAUUGAUCAGAGAUUGGUUAAUGGUGGAUCUGGCAGAUUUUCAUUGAUGCAGGUAAGAUUCUGAAGGCAUCUAGAAGAUCUAGAAGACAUCUCAAAAAUUUUGCAGCAAGAUUCGGUUGUGAAUCCAGCAAUCACAACAAAACAAUCACAUACGGAACAAGUUGCGAUGAUGCAUACGUUGAAAACAAAAGCAUCAAAAUAUCAAGCAUUCAUUGAUCGAGCUAUCGAAUGUAUGGCUAAGAAUACAGAUGAAAAGAUUUUGGAGGUAAAGAUUUCUGAAUACAGUACCCCCUAACAAACUAGAGUCUAUUUAGGGAUGCGCGAUAAUUAUAAAAUUGAUGAAAAAAGCAUGGAGAACGCCGAAAGUUUGCAACGAUCUUGGAAAUGUUUUAUGCGAUUAUUUGAGAGAUCGAGAACAUUUGGAUAAACUUAUCAAAAUGUUUUUGAACACAAAUACUUGUGAACAAGGUAACCCUAAUUAAGUCCCAAUUCCUAAUUAAUUAUUUUUCUGAUUUCAGUCCGAAUGUGUUGCGGUAAAGUUCUUGAAGAAGUUAUGUCUCCGGGAAAUCGGGAUUAUAUUGUUAACAAGGUAUUAGGAGGAAUGAUUUUGAAUCAAAAAUUAAAAUUAAAAUUUUUUAGAAUUAUCUGAAAAAGAUUAUGACAAUGGCUAUGAAAUUGAACAAAAAUCCCGAUCAACAAAGGCUUAGUUUGAGCUUGAUGGAAAGUAUGUUCAAUCAUAAUACAACAUCUACGCUGUGGUGAGUUAGAAGAACUUGGGAGUUCAAGAAGCCAAGCCUAGAGAGUAGAGAGUGUCAAGCAUCACCGCCUAGAGAAGCAGUUUGGCUAGGAGCCGUGUCUAGAGAUUAAUUCUGGAAAGCAGCCACGCCUAGAGGUUCAAUAUGGAAAGCAGAUGCGCCUAUGGGCUCAAUAUGAGAUUCACUAUUGCAAGCUGCCGCCCCUAGAGGUUCCUCCCGUAAAGCAGCCGGGCCUUGUGAGCUCUAUGCCAAGAUUCUAAGCCUAGAUAUCCUAUUUGUCAAGUAGCCGCGCCUAGAGAAGCAGUUUGGCUAGGAGCCGUGUCUAGAGAUUCAUUCUGGAAAGCAGCAACGCCUUAAGGUUCAUUCUGGAAAGCAAUCAGGCCUUGUGAGCUCUAUGCCUAGUUUCUCAGCCUAGAUAUUUUAGUUAUCAAGUAGUCGCCCCUAGAGACUUCAACUGUCAAGCAUUGCUCCCUAGAGAAGCAGUUUGGAUAGGAGCCACGCCUUGCGGUUCCCCUCUGUAGAUUCCUCGGAACAAUACGUUUCAGUGUUCUCUUAACCUUUGAGUUACCAAUUUUCGAGUGCUUGAUUCAUUCAGUUUUUUGACUAACUUCAAAAAAACUUUUUUCCCAGAAAAAAUAUCUCAUAUGAAGGAAAAACCUCCACAAAAAUUGUUAAAAUUUUUUUUUCAAAAAUCCAAAUUCAUUUCCAGCCUCAUUGAAUUCGGCGUAUUGGACCACAUUCUGCUAACCUGUAAAAGAGCAACAGGCUGCCCAGACACUUUAAGACAUGCCGCAUUGGGUCUAUCAAAUUUGGCACUAUUCUCGUGUUCCGAAGGAAAGAAGAAAAUUUUGCAGAAAAAGGUAUGUCCCCGGAUUUGUUUUGCAUUAGAUACAGUACUCAUUUUUCUUCCGCCUCUUCAAAUAUCUUGUUCGUUUUGCAGGUUCCUGAUUGGCUUUUUCUUCUCGCUAGCCAACCGGAUAAUAUUACCCGUUACUAUUCGUGUUUGGCUAUUUGUAUUCUGACAAUUACGAAGGUACGGUAUCGAUCUUUGAUGUUUCUAUAUUGAUCGUCUUUUUUUAGGAACUUGAAGCAGCAGUUGCAAAAUCAGGAACUCUUCCACUCAUCGAACCAUUUCUUCUAACUCACCAAGAUUCUUCAUUCAUCGAAGAACAUAGUCAAUAUACACAAGGAAAAUCGAGAGAUUGGCUUAUGAGAAUUUUACCACUUUUAAAAUCACCAAGACGAGAAACGAGAAGUACUGUAGCUUUUCAUUUUUGCCUUGAAGCCGCGAUUAAAAAAGAUCAAAACAAAUUGGACCUUUUCCAGGUAUGUGACAUUUUAUUGGAAAAUGAUAAUUCUUAUCAUGAAUACAUAUUAGUUAGGAAGGGAAAGGGAAGGAAUUUGAAUAGUUUUUUUCCCAUAGUAGUAGUAAAACUAUGUAUGAAUCAUUGUAGGCAUAAAUGAAUAAGAAAUUUAUGUUUGAAUUAAUUUUUUUUUCGAAAAUAUUUGAGGAAUGUGAUGUUUAGAAAUGAUUAAGCAAUAUUGUUUUUAGUUUUUUAAAAUAAAAAUAGAAAAAAGUCCCAGAAAGAAAAUAAACAAUUUUGUUGCAAAAACCAUAAAAAUAUUGAGCAAAAAGAAAAGUCACCCCACCACGCAUUCGAUGAUAAUUUUUAUCAUUUUUAUUGUCAUAAUCAUCAUCGUCGUCAUAGAUUUUGCUUUUUCUUAUCGCAAAUUUCACCCCGUGAACUUUGAUAGUUUCGCACAAAGGAAUUUGACCGCGCUGACUAAGGAUUUCCAAAAAUCGAAAACAAUUUUUGGCGAAAUGAGAUAAUAAUUGAUAAACUUUGAAUUGGAUCAGAGACUUUUUAUAUACAAUUUUUCCGUGAAGAAAAAAGUGCGAACGUGGCGCAGUGGCAGCGCGCUGAGCUCAUAUUCUACUCCGUUUUGCUGGCUCGAGUUCGAUCCCGGGUGCGCGCGACUUUUUUUUUUUGAAAAUCCCUGCAAUUUCAUAACACUGCUCCCCUUUUGGCAACAAUUCAACUUUGUCAGUUUGUCGUCACACGUGGUUUUCUCUCAAUAUUUUCUAUCGAAUAAUCUAUAAAUAUCGGUGAAAAACUAGUUUGUCCCUUGUCACUGUGAGAAGAUAUAAAUAUCAACAACACGAAUAUUUUGUGCGUGUGUGUUUUUUGAUUUUUGAAAAUGUCUAUCUUAUAGGUUUUAUUUUGAUUCACUUCUCUCCGGAAUCUUAUGAUGUAGUCAAAGUUGAAUUCAAAAUUUGUGUGGUCUCCCAAUGAUCUUUUCACAUUGUUUUUAUGGCCGCGCAUGAUUUUUUUUUGGUUUUGGAUUCAGAUUAUUGUUUGAUUUUUGACGAUUUGAUCUUCGAUUCGAUGUUAGUAUGUAGGCUCGAUUCUCCGAGAUUUUUUAUAAUUUUGUUCGGGAUAACCUUUGAAUUAGUCACGUGGUGUCUAAAUAGUCACAUAUCACUAAUUAAUGUCAUAAUAAUAAUAGUUGUAUUAUCUUCUUCUUCUUCUUGGAUUUUUUGCAACGUCAGCACUCAUCUUUUCGCUCGCGUCUCCGUCUCUCCUCAUUUUCUAUCAAUAAAUCAAUCACUCACUUAAUUUUGUUAUUGUUUGCAUAGACAGGAUAUAAUUGCGAAAAGUUUCGAAAUUUGGACUCACGCCAAACUUUUCAUUUUCCUCAUUAGCGUCCAUUAAUCGAGGUACAAAGAUACAAAAAAACACACACGACAAGAUCAGAAAUCUGUGACGUAGAAAUGUGGAGAGGAGUGGAAAUUUGGCUAAUUUUGGCGGGGGAAUUCGAACUGUCCGAUGGUCAUCUGAAAAUUAGGAUUGAGAGGGAUUUUGAGAGGAACUCUUGAGAGACGAAAGGUUUCCGCGUCGUAGGAAUCGCAAGCUACGGCUUCAGCUAGAAGAUUUCCACGUCAUGAUAAUCCACGUGGCGUAUUUCUCCCUGGAAAUUUGCAUCACCUGUAAAAAUGAUGCAAUUAUUUUUCGAAUGUCUCUAUUUGUUGGUGACCCCAACCUGUCGCAACUUUUAUUUGAAUAAGGUUGAUAUAUAUGGCAAGUGUGUGGUUAUUUCGCAACACCAUUUUCUCUUCUUGUAAUUAUUUCCCGCGCAGUUAAAAGCCUUUCUUCGCCGAAUAAAAUUGCAACGUCACAAAUGGCAUGGGAAUUUACCAAAAUUUUUUAUCAUCAAUAAACCCUAGGUCACACAUUUUUUAAAGUGCUAAGGGUUUUCUGACGUUCUUAAUUUUUUGCUGACCAGCAUUAGGUCGUUUUUGAAUUCAUUAAGAAGCUUAAAAAGGUGUCUGCAUCGUCACAUGUGGCAAUAAUAAGACGAAACGAGUCGGAAAUAGGUCUUUUAGAUAAGAGAGAAACAAACUCGGAUUAGGGUUACUGUAGAUUGAGCUAAUUAUGAUGUGUACGUCACAAGCUUGUAUUGAGGAAAAACAUGGUCUGAAGUGAUUUGAUUGGAAAAAAUACGUUUCAAGUUGUUUUCUAGUUUAUGGCUCAUGUAGGCUAGAGUAUAGUUUAAGGCUCAGACCUAGCCUAUUCCCUCUGGCCUAGACAUGAAACUCUGAACUACAGUCUAGUUUGAGGCUGAGCCUUGCCACGUUAGAUUUCGUUUUUUUCCCAGAGAAUUUCAACAACUCUCUAGUUACACUAAGUUAAAGUUUCAAAAUAUUCCCGCCAAAGAGCAUAUUUCAAAAGAUGACUUCCUUUAACUCGCACAUUUUUCCCCCUGCAAAAUCAACCGAAAAAGUGGGCGGAGUCUCGAAUUUGUAGACACACUACACUAGACGAAGAGACGCAGAGAAAAAGAACAUUUUCUCAUGAGUGUGUUUAUUGUACGGUUAUUUAGUGUUAUAUUCUAUAGUUAAAAUGACUACCGCUCUUUCUCCUAAUAAUAUUAAUAUUUCAACAACUUCUACUGAAGAUUCUUCUUCAAAUUCUCUAUUGUUCACACCGAAGUUAAGACAAAGAGAUGCGAAUUCGAAUAAUAUGCUAGCUAUUGUUUCCCCAUCCCAAAGAAAUAUGAUUAUUUCACCGGAUUGUAAGAGGAAUUUGAUGCCACGAUUUGAAACUCCGAUUGCUGUAGUGUCACCGAUGGAUUCAAAUAAUCUGUUGACUCCAACUCGUCCCACUAGUCUAGCACAUUUACCACAAUUGGCUGUGGUGACACCGAAAAUUCGAACAUCUCUCAAACGUUAUCCCGCAAAAGCGGCUUUUGUUAUCAAACCGCAAAUGUUUGCCAAAACCAAGACUGUAACUUUGGAGAGAUUUCGGAAAAGUCGAACUCGCCGAUUUUUUCAUCCAUAUGCCAAGGUGAGCCUAUUGCACUUUUUUCUGAAGCGUUUGUGAUCAAAAAUGUAUUUUUUAAAUCAAAGUUUGAUUUUUUGGCGCAGUUUUAACUAUUCUUUUUUUGUGUGAUAAGAGAAUUGAAAUUGAAAUAGAAAUAAAGAUUAGAAAACAUUUUUUACAACAAAAAAAAAAAUGUUUUUUUGAGAAAUUCUAGUUGCAUUCUAACAUGAGUAAUAGUUGGGUAAACACAAAUAAUUUGGUUUGGGUAAAAAUAUACAAUUUUUUUUGAUUUACAUUUUUGUGAAAGCGAAGAAACACAAAAAUCAAAACCGGAUUCCGUUAUUAUUUUUCAUCACAAAGCGAAACGUAAUGUUUGUGAAAUGAUGAGUCAGCGCGAGAAAUUGUCCAAUUAGACUUAACAGAAUUCAAAAAUUUCCAAAAGAUUGUGCAAUUUUCUCUGACCUUAUUAUCUAUUCUAUUUCAUUGAAAAGGGCCAGGGUAAAUUCAAAAAAGGACCUCCUGGCGAAGUCGGGUGGCGCAAUCACUUGCAUUGCGUCACAUCUUCCCGCUACAAUACUUUAGAGUGAUCAGCGGGUAGAGGAGAAGAGAAUAAUUGCGUAACAGGUGGGACCCACGAUAAGUAUAGAUACGUAUUUGAUGACCAGGUUGAGGUUUUUUGGGGAGUUGUUGUAACCAGCGGGGGAUGUGAGCAGCGAACAGAAUGUUUGACACCUGUGGUGUCAGAUUGGCGGGAUAUGGUGUAGGGAGGGUAGAGAAAUGAUUCUGGGUUUAGCACGACACAAAAUUAUCCGGGAGAAGUUCAAACCUUUUCGUCUUGAGACCAAGCGCGGGAAAUUCAAAAAAUUUUGGAUUUGAAUUUUUCUCGAAGCUCUUGAUUUACCCUGUAAAAGGUCGUGUGAGGUUAAAACUAGACUGUAGUUACAAGAAUAUUUCCGAAAUACAGUGUUUCUAAAAUUGAUCAACUUGGCGACAAAAUCGUAAAUUUAUCUACUUUAAAAACACUGUGUUUCAAAAGAGUUAACUCAAAAAUCCCAAUCCAACAUCUUUGUCUUCCAGGAAAUCGGAGCGAUUCAGGCGUUGAAAGAAGUCGCAUCGUCACCCGACGAAGUUGCCGCCAAAUUCGCCUCCGACGCUCUCACAAUCAUCGGCGAAGAAGUUCCAUACAAAUUGGCCCAACAAGUUCCCAGCUGGACAUCGGAUGAUGUACAGUAUUGGGUGAAGAAGGUUGGUUUCUUAUAUUUUCUAUUUUUGUUUUAAAUAUGUUCCAAGUAUGUUUUUAGAUUGGAUUCGAGGAAUAUGUUGGGCAAUUUGCGAAACAUAUGGUUGAUGGUGAUCUUCUUCUUCAUUUAACCGAAAAUGAUUUGUUGUUGGAUAUUGGAAUGAGAUCUGGACUUCAACGUAAACGAUUUAUGAGAGAAUUGGAAUCUUUGAAAAUCGCUGCUGAUUAUUCCAAUGUUGAUGAGUCAAAUCUCGAUCAAUUUUUGAUGAAUCUGUCACCGGAACUCUCUGUCUAUACAUAUCAAAUGCUUUCAAAUGGAAUUAAUCGAUCAUUAUUGAGCUCUUUAAAUGAUGAUUUGAUGCAAAAUGCGUGUGGAAUUCAUAACCCAAUCCAUCGGCUAAAAUUAACACAAGCAUUUGAAAAUGCAAAACAUCCAGAUGAUGUUGAAGUUGCGAUGUUGAGCAAGCAAAUUGAUGUAUUUAUUUCGUAUCGAAGAUCAACGGGAAAUCAAUUGGCUAGUCUUAUCAAAGUUUUGUUACAACUUCAUGGAUAUAAAGUGUUUAUUGAUGUCGAUAAACUCUAUGCUGGCAAAUUCGAUACAUCAUUACUCAAGAAUAUUCAAGCGGCGAAACAUUUCAUUCUGGUUUUGACACCAAAUUCAUUGGAUCGACUUUUGAAUGAUGAUAAUUGUGAAGACUGGGUGCAUCGGGAGUUGAAAUGCGCAUUUGAUCAUCAGAAAAAUAUCAUACCAAUUUUCGACCAAUCUUUCGAAUUUCCCGCCAAAGAAGAUCAAAUCCCUCAUGAUAUUCGGAAUAUUACAAAAUAUAAUGGUGUCAAAUGGGUUCAUGAUUAUCAAGACGCUUGUAUGGCAAAAGUUGUUCGAUUUAUCACCGGAGAAUUGAAAAACACACCUACAUCUAAAGAUGUAAGUCAGAAAAAUGAUAAAAUGUUGGGGGGAAAAUCCAUUAAUUAUUUCCAGCAUUUUCAGAUGCCAGCAGUUCGAAAUAAAUCAUCAACGAGAGCUUGGCAAGGAACUGGUUUGAGAAGUGGAGCAUCAAGUCGAUCGAUAAAUCGACAAAUCGAACCACCAACUCCAACUUGUGAGUUUUCAAAUUUUUUUUUUGAAUAAUUUUUAUUUGGACCUAUUUUCAGACACCCCAACAUCAUCAACAGAGCGCGCUUCAAUUCGCCGAAAAAUUCAAUCAUCUGUAUCUACAGUAUCUGAUCGGGUCUCAUAG